UCCGUGAGGAGCUGUGGAGGCGGACCGCGGAAGAAUUGUCGGCUCGCUCGCUGAAGUGCUGGGGAAACGGAAGGGUAAAGCGCGCCAAAGGAAGAGCCGGAGGAAGCGGCGCGGGGUGCGGAUGCGGGAGGAGUGCGGACUGCACCGCGGGGCUGCCCUGGGCUCGCGAUGAGCGGCUCCGCCGCCGCAGCCUCUGUGGUCGCCUUGCCGGGCGCCGGGGUGUCCCCACUGGCCCCGGGCCCUUCUGCCGCCGCCUCCUCGAGGGCCCUGCAUGUGGAGCUGCCGUCGCAGCAGCGUCGCCUUCGACAUCUCCGGAAUAUUGCUGCCCGAAACAUUGUUAAUAGGAAUGGCCACCGACUUCUUGAUACCUACUUCACACUUCACUUGUGCAAUAGUGAAAAGAUAUAUAAAGAAUUUUAUAGGAGUGAAGUGAUCAAGAAUUCUUUGAAUCCAACUUGGAGGAGUCUGGAUUUUGGAAUAAUGCCUGACCAUCUUGACACAUCAGUAUCCUGUUUUGUGGUAAGGAUCUGGGGUGGAAAGAAGGACCUCUACCAGCUGCUGAUUGAGUGGAAAGUCUCUCUGGAUGGACUGAAAUACAUGGGCCAACAGAUUCAUGCUCGCAACCAAAAUGAAAUAAUUUUUGGACUGAAUGAUGGCUAUUAUGGAGCUCCAUUUGAGCACAAGGGUUGUUCAAAUGCCCAGAAGAGCAGUCUUCUCCAGGUAGAUCAGAACUGUGUUCGUAAUUCAUACGAUGUCUUCUCUCUGCUUCGGCUUCACAGAGCUCAAUGUGCAAUUAAACAGACUCAGGUGACUGUUCAGAAAAUUGGAAAGGAGAUUGAAGAAAAACUACGACUUACAUCCACAAGCAAUGAGCUGAAAAAGGAGAGUGAGUGCCUACAGCUGAAACUUUUGGUUCUUCGAAAUGAGCUGGAGAGACAAAAGAAAGCCUUGGGGAGGGAAGUGGCAUUACUGCACAAGCAGCAAAUUUCAUUACAGGACAAAGGAAGCACAUUUGAAUCUGAGCACCUCAAGCUGCAACUGCACAAGGAAUCCUUAAGUGAACUGAGAAAGGAAUGCACUGCCAAAAGAGAACUGUUUUUGAAGACUAAUGCACAGUUGACAAUUCGAUGCAGGCAAUUGUUGUCUGAGCUUUCCUACAUUUACCCCAUUGAUUUGAAUGAACAAAAGGAUUAUUUUGUAUGCGGUGUAAAGUUGCCUAAUUCUGAGGAUUUUCAAGCAAAAGAUGAUGGAAGCAUUGCUGUGGCUCUUGGUUACACGGCACAUUUGGUCUCCAUGAUUUCCUUCUUCCUUCAAGUACCCCUCAGAUAUCCCAUAAUUCACAAGGGAUCCAGAUCAACAAUCAAAGACAAUAUCAAUGACAAGUUGACUGAAAAGGAGAGAGAGUUUCCACUAUAUCCAAAAGGUGGAGAGAAGUUACAGUUUGAUUAUGGUGUCUAUCUUCUGAAUAAAAAUAUAGCACAGCUGAGAUAUCAACAUGGGCUCGGGACUCCUGAUUUAAGACAAACUCUUCCUAACUUGAAAAAUUUCAUGGAGCAUGGGCUGAUGGUCAGAUGCGAUAGACACCACACUUCCAGCGCUAUCCCAGUGCCAAAGAGACAAAGUACAAUAUUUGGAGGUGCGGAUGUUGGCUUCUCCACUGGGAUCCCAUCACCAGACAAAGGUCACCGUAAAAGGGCCAGUUCAGAAAAUGAGAGACUCCAGUAUAAAACCCCUCCUCCCAGUUACAAUUCAGCAUUAGCCCAGCCUGUGGCCGCCAGUAAGACUGUUGGAGAGUCCGAGAAAAAAAUGGCAUCUUUGUCCUCUUCCUUAGAUACCUCUUUGGACUUCUCCAAAGACAAUAAGAAAAAAGAAGCUGAUUUUGAUGAUAAUUUAAGCAGGGGCCACGCGGAUGUGAACAGUAGCCAGGAGCCGCAGGAGCUGCUCCUCGAGCAUCCCCGUACAGUCGGCGGAAGCGUCCUUCCCAGGGAGCACAGUGGUGUGGCCUGCCGGGAGCGGCCAGAAGAGCUGGCCGCCGCCGCCAGGGGGGCCGAGCUCUGCUGCGCCGUGGAACAGGCCGAAGAGAUCAUGGGCACAGAGGCGAUGGGCCUGAGCUCAGGGGACCAGCUGGAGGCGUUCAACUGCAUCCCGGUGGAUAAGGCCGUGGCCGUGGAGUGUGAUGAGCAAGUGCUGGGCGAGUUUGAGGAGUUCUCCCGACGUAUCUACGCCCUGAACGAAAACGUGUCCAGCUUCCGCCGGCCACGUAAGAGCUCGGACAAGUGAGCGUGGGGAGGGAGAGGCCAUGGACUGAACCAGGACACAGUGAUUGAUCACAAAUGAAGAUGAAGUUGCACUUAUACUUUAUUAAUUAUGGAGCAAAAUAAAAGAGAUCGAGUCUGUUCUUGUGAUGGUGAAAAGCAGACUUGGGAAAGGGAACCAGGACGUGGGGUCAGUGUGUAUGAGUGGGCCGGGUAGACUUACUCUGUUUCCAUAGAUUUGCUUUUCAGACUUUAUCAUUGGUUCUAGAUCAAAAGUCAUUCUUUAGCUUGAAAGAGCUUCUAUCUAGUUCAAGCCGUGUUAUAGGUAUUCAUCUGCUUCUGUUAUAUACAAUUUGUUUUAUCCUUGGA